AUGUUUGACCCUUCAGCUCCUCCCCCAACAGCAACAUGCCCUUUCUGCAUGAUCUCCUCGGUCUAUGAACCAUUCGACCCCUUGAAUCCACCGCCAUCAACAUCCUCACUCAUCAAUCCCGAGCUGGUAUCUCCAGCAUCUUUCGUUGUUCUUUCAACGCCUGUUCUCGUUGCCUUUCUCGAUAUCCUACCUCUAAGCCGGGGUCAUCUUCUUCUCUGCACGCGACCGCAUCGCCCUAAGCUAAGCGACGUCACGGCUUCAGAGUCCGCUCAACUGGGUCGUUAUCUACGCAUUCUCUCAAAGGCCAUGGCACGAGCAACUGGUAUAGAAGAUUGGAAUGUGGUGCAAAAUAAUGGCGCUGCUGCUGCCCAGGUCGUGCCUCAUAUGCACUUUCAUAUCAUCCCGCGGCCAGAAAUCAGAGCCAGUGGGCGUUUCAGUGAGAGUUUUACCAUGUUUGGAAGGGGAAAGAGAGAGGAGUUGGACGAUGAUGAGGCGGUUGUUUUGGCGGAAGAAUUCAGACAAAGCAUCGCUACUGUAAUGAGGGAGGAGGAGGAUGAAUCUCAAAAUGAGGAAAAGUCUAAACUCUGA